UCGUCGAGAGCGGACGUGCGCUUCUGCUCCUGCGAAAUCCUCGCUCACGGGCAGCUAUAUUCUACCAACACUUGGCCAACACACUCACACGAACACACAAUCAGACACGCACACCUGUACACCUAGCGCGCGCGCAAAUCGCCGAAAUUAAAGCAAAGCGAAAUGGAAAAUGCUUAAAUUCCCACGUGAAACGGUGCACAAAAUAAUCGACUAACGAAAACAAAUCGAAUCAGUGAAAUUAAAGUGGAGUUAUGGUUAUUUGGAAAAAAUCAAUGCCGUUAAUCGACGCACACGGAUACACAUAAACGCACACGUGUGCUUCAAAAGCCAAAACACACCAAUACACCGAAAAAAAACACACACACACACGUAAACAGAAGGCCUAACAAAGUGAAAGUAACGGAAUUAGCAGCACAAUUGUGCGUCGCCCAAGCGGAAAUUAACUUUCGAGGCUUAAAGCGUUUUCGGCAAACAAUAGACAAUGGCGCUGGGCAACAUCAGCAGCAGCCAAAUCGGGCGAGGCCAUUACAGCUUUAAUCCCAGGGUUCCCAUAGAAGGAGCAACAGCAACAAAUCUAAUUACAGAACAACAAUAAGGUCAGGCCCUGGUGCCGCUGAUGAUGAUGAUGUUAGGAAACUUCCGGUUUGUUUGCCCGGGCGGAAAUGAGGCGCAAUAUGUCGUCCAGUCACUGGCUACCUUUCCAGCGCUGUGAAUAGUGACCUCGAGCGAAUAGAGCUGAAGGAAUCCCAGCCCCGCGAUUGCCUGGAAUUUAAUUAAAGCGCAAAAAACACGAACCGAAGUCCGUGGAAAGUGUCGAAACAAAAGAGCAGUUGCUCCCCUUGCGGAGGGGGUGGCCCAUAAAUCUAGCCACCCACCACCCAAGCAACCAACCCAUGCUGCACGUUGUUGCAAUCGAGCUGGCCCACGUCCACUGGCCAAUUAGCUGCUGCAACAGCCGAGAGCGGCAAUCGUUUGGGCUCCAUUGAACGCGUACUCCAGCCGAGCACAGCUGCCUCUCUGAUGACUGCCGCCAAAAGACGUGCCGGCAGCAGCAACAGCAGCAGCAGCAGCAGCAGUAAUGGCAACGAGCAGCAGUCCCUGCAGCAACAUCAUCAGCUGCAGCAGCAACAUCACAGUCAGCAGCAACACCAGCAGGCCCAGCCGAACGAAUACCAACAGUUGCUGCAACACCCGCACCAUAACCACCAGCAACACUACGGCAACAGCAGCAGCAGCAACAGCAGUAACCCACAGCAAUACCACCAGAGACAGCAGCAACAUCAGGCGACAUUGCGCGAUUGCUCCGUCAAAUUGCCGCUGGAUAUCCUAUGGCUACCGAAAUCGGCAAUGCGGCCGGCGGGUCCUGAUGCCUCGCCCAGCGACUGCAUCCUGGUGGUGGGCGUGUCCCGUCCAAAAUUGGCCGUCGUCUUCCUUACGGUCAUGUUGAUCUCGCUGUUCCUCACCUUCCACGUCCUCUACGAUAGUGCCGUGUACAAUAUCCAAGCGGCCCAGGCGGUCCACGAGAGGCAUCGCCUCUCCCUGGCCGCCUCCUCUUCGGCUUUGGCAUCCUCCACAUCGUCCGGCAGUUCCGGCUCCCCCUCCUUCUCCUCCUCCUCUGGUGGUGCUAACUCCAAUCAUCUGCCGGUGUUCGUGAAGCCCGUGCCCAGUUCCAAUCAGCUAAGCCAUCCGAUGGUCUUUCCCUCCAGUCGUGUGCACUUUCCCAAAACCAGUCGACGGUUGCCACAGGCACUCAUCAUCGGCGUCCGAAAGUGUGGAACCCGGGCGCUGCUGGAGAUGCUAUACCUGCAUCCACGGAUCCAGAAGGCCGGCGGCGAGGUGCACUUCUUCGAUCGGGACGAGAACUACCUGAAGGGCCUGGAGUGGUAUCGCAAGAAGAUGCCGCACUCGUUCCGGGGCCAGAUAACCAUCGAGAAGAGCCCGAGCUACUUUGUGUCGCCAGAGGUUCCGGAACGAGUGCGGGCCAUGAAUGCCAGCAUCAAGCUGCUGCUGAUUGUGCGGGAGCCGGUGACCCGGGCCAUUUCGGACUACACGCAGCUGCGUAGCCAUGCGGCCACCGCCAUCCUCCCGCUGGCCGAGAAGGACCCACCCAUUCCCAGGGAGAGUUCGGGCGGGGGGGCUGCUGCUGCUGGAUAUGGAACCGCAGCUGCCAAGAUGCCGUCGCAAUCGGUGCUGUAUGCCAAACUGCAGUCGGCCCGUGGCUAUGACAAUGCCCUGGUGGGUGGCAGUGGGGCGGGCGCCAAGGAAACCAAAGGGAAAACAGGAACUUCUUCGGUCAGAAGGCAGGCGGUGGGUGGCGUUGGGGCUGCGAUGACCACGACGACACUGUCGCCAAUGGCGAGCGCCGCCCAAAUGGCAGCCAAGUCCUUUGAGGAGCUGGCCAUAUUUCCCAAUGGCACCGUUAACGAGGCUUAUCGACCGCUCAGCAUCUCCAUGUACCAUGUCCACCUCCACCGCUGGCUGGAGGUCUUUCCGCGGGAGCAGCUCCUGGUGGUCAAUGGGGAUCGGCUCAUCGAGGAUCCGGUUUCCCAGUUGAAACGCAUCGAGGCUUUUCUGGGCAUUGAACAUCGGGUGAAUAGUGAGCACUUCUACUUCAACGAGACGAAGGGAUUCUAUUGCCUGCGCUAUGACAACGGGGAUCGCUGCCUCCGGGAGACGAAGGGCAGGAAGCAUCCGCAUGUGGAUCCCGUGGUGGUCUCCAGAUUGCGAAAGUUCUUUGCCGAAUACAAUCAACGUUUCUACGAGCUGGUGGGCGAGGAUCUCGGCUGGCCGGAGGAAUAAACUGUGACUAGGAAAUUGGAAAUGGGAUGGCAAAUGAAAAGUUCUUCGUUGGGCUGCCUGCCAAUAAAUCUGCCGUUGGUCAAUCGUUUGGCCCGCUGUGCAGCCAAUUUAAUUACAAGGAAGAGCAGGCCAUGUACAAAAAAAGAGGUCAAAUAGCGUGGCAAAGUUAUCCCGGACUUUCGUUGCCAUUUUCCGUUGCAUAUUUUUGCGAAGGGCGGUUCGCAGUAUUUCUGCCUGGCCGAGUCGAGCAGCUCUGACAGUUCAAUUAUGUGCGCGUAUUGAAAAAUCGCAUUCCUAUUUUCCCAGCCCAACCCAACCACCCACUUACCAUCACCAUCACCACCACCACUACCACCACAUGCAAAUUUGCCUUUAAACCAGCAAAGAACAAGCGAAAGGAGCGAAACAAGGAGCCACAUGAAAAAAUAUAGUAAAAUAAACUGCACGCAUUUUUGGUGUGCAGCAGGCCAUGAAAAUGUGUGUAUGGAGAUAUCCAUAUAUCGUAUAUAUAUAUGUAUAUAUCGCAUAUAUAUAGCGGAAUGAAAAGCAAUAUCUACAUGAUGUUCGAAGGUUACACGUUUUCUACGUCUGCCUGUGUUCUACAUGCUUAUUUUCUCUCUCUCCGCGUGUGCGAGUGAAUUCGAGUGUCUGAGAGCAUAAAAAUUAAUUAAGCAACUAAAUGUGAUUUUAUAGCAAGUAAGCAUAGGACAAAUUGAAAAUGAUUGCGAUGGCUGGGUGUGUGGGUAUGUGGGGAUGGGGAGAGAGAGAGAGAGAUAGAGAGAUCAUUGGAGGAGUGAAGGGGCAAUUAAAAAUGUAUUUAGACUAACAGUCGGCUGAAUUAAAUGUGUGCGUACAGAAACAUGAACAAAACUAAACAUAUCACACUUAGUAUAGCAUAGCAUAGCAUAGUAUAGUAUAUAUACACAACAUAUCAGGGGUACUCGAGGUCCUCAAGCAACUUGAAUACUGAAUAUGAUUGAACUAAAGCAUUCGUACGUUAUGUUACAUAUCGAAAGCUAAACCAACCAUGAAAUCGAAACAUAUCAGCUGCAAUCGUCGGCAAAUAUACAAGAACAAAUAUAUAUACAACGUACAUAUCUAUAUAUAUGUUAUAUACAAACGUAUCGUAGACCGUAAGUCGAGCAUCAAAUUUGUUGUAAAUGACUUUGAUUUUGACCUAGUUUGUAGUGCGCGAUGUGUCACGGAAUCGUCAUAGACAAACUUCUAGUUGAAUAUAGCCGUAUCCUAGGUUAAUAACGCACUGCCUAAACCAAAAGAAUAGUUAUGUCUGUUUAGAUAAUUAUACUGCACCCACUUAGGUGAUAAGUUUAUCAAAGAUAGUUUUUUAAUGCAUUUUUAAACCGGAUUAUUUUAUAUUCCUAAAGAGAGAAGGCCAUAUCAAUUACGGCCACUCUACCUAUAGAUACACAUAAUAU